AUGGCGGGCGUGAGAGCUAACUGUCUGUCCGUGUGACUGUCUCGCGCUGGCAGAGGUCUGUCUUCUUCCAGUCUACAGUUUGUCUCCGGUCCCGCGGUCCGUUAGCGGGGUCUGUUGGCACAGUUGGCCGGGUAGGGAGUCUUCUAAGGCGGGUACAGAGCUGCGGAACUCCCGCUGCUUUGCUAGAAGAAAAAGGGGAGGAGGACAGACAGUCAGGAUGCGUGAAUACAAACUGGUUGUUUUGGGAUCAGGAGGUGUCGGCAAGUCAGCUCUGACUGUCCAGUUCGUUCAGGGAAUCUUUGUGGAGAAAUACGACCCAACGAUAGAGGAUUCUUACAGGAAGCAAGUCGAGGUUGAUGGGCAGCAGUGUAUGUUGGAGAUCCUGGACACAGCAGGAACAGAGCAGUUCACUGCAAUGAGAGACCUGUACAUGAAAAACGGUCAGGGCUUUGCUCUGGUUUACUCUAUUACAGCCCAGUCCACCUUCAAUGACCUUCAGGACCUCAGAGAACAGAUCCUCAGAGUGAAGGACACAGAGGAUGUUCCCAUGAUCCUGGUUGGAAAUAAAUGUGACCUGGAGGUGGAGCGUGUGGUGGCUAAGGAGUCUGGCAACGGCCUCGCCCGCCAGUGGAACUCCUGCGCUUUCCUGGAGACCUCAGCCAAGAGCAAGAUCAAUGUCAAUGAGAUCUUCUAUGACCUUGUGCGACAGAUCAACAGGAAGAGUCCGGCUCCAGGGAAAGCUCGCAAAAAGUCCACCUGUCAACUUCUCUAAUGACACUUUCUGCUCACCUGACCGACUACCAACCAAUCACAGGGACAUCUUCCAGCUGGCCAUGCCCCUUUAACACAACUAUGUCAUCAUCAACAUCAGCCACCUCUGACCUCUGUUCCCAUGACAACCACAUCUCCCACCCCCUCACCACACUGUCUAAGAGACUGUUGCCUUGGAAACAUUAAAACCAAACAUCAAAAACUGUGGCUGCUUUGAUGAUGAUAACGAUGAUGAUGAAGAGGAUGAUUCUGCUGUUGCAAGAAUGGGGCUGUCCAAACAACUGCCCAAUUUAAAAACCACAUUUCCCACGAUGCCCUCUGUUAUGCCAUUUUGCGCUUGGAAGUGGCUUAUUGCUUUUAAUUUUAAAUAUUUCUUUGCUUUCUUUUUUAAAUGUUUUUCCAGCAGUCCCGAGCCACUCGCAUGCAGUUUGACCACUUCACUGUCAGCCUUGACGAUGUCACAGGGAACAGGGCUGACUGUGUGUGUGUGUGGCUCUGGUUGAACCUGUGGAUCCUUACAGUGAUUAUUAUUACAGUGGUUAUAAUUAUGAUUUUUGUGAAAUGAUUUAAAGUCAUGUAAUGUUUUUGGUUUUUGGUUUGGGGGCUGGGGUGGGGUGGGGGUGGGAUAAGGGAUGCAACAGGUCAUGGUCUCAGCUCACCGCACCAGUAGCUUUGUGUUAGCAUUAAUUACUAUACAAAUGUCCUGUUUGAUUAGUGUUAGCUUUUUAGCAUGUUCUUCCAAACUGGAUCUACAAUACAUACAUACCAUUUUGUGACUCACUGCUAAGCAUUAACAUCAUUACUGUCAUUAUUAGCAUUAAUAGCAAUUCCCCAAGGAAAACCAAAAUUAGCCCCUAACUCAGGAGGCUAGCCGAAUAUAUUUGAGUAUUGUGUGAAUGCUAAUGAAGCAAACAAAAAAAUGCUGAUUGUUAGCAUUGUACCAGUGAAACUAUGUGUAAACAGUUUUGGGUCACCUGUUCUUCCACGUGCUAAUCUAACAGGUGUGUGAGGGGUGUUAGCUUAAUUGUUAUUAUCUUAAACAAAUGUUAGCUGCUUGUCCUAGUGGCUAAUGGAAUAUGUUGGGAGAAUUGUGAGGGAAUGCUAACAAAGCAACACUUCAAUCGUGUUGAAGUGUUAUCGUUUGUGAUUUGUGCUUGUAGCUUUUGACUGAGCGGCAAACAGAGUUUGUUAUGGUGUUUAGGAUGUUAGCAUAAUUAGGAUGUCAUCAAAGCUGGGGAAAGACCAUCCUGUUGGUUUAAUAGGACUGUAUUAACAGUGUUGUGAUGUGAACACCACUAAGUCAUUGCAUGUAGAGCACCAACAACUAAAAAGCUUUCUCAUCAGAUGUCUGUGGAAUAGCUUCUCCUGCUGGAAGCUUAUACCAUGUAUUUUCAGUGCUGAGAGGGAAUACUAAAUAAGCUAACACAGUGUCUGUGCAGUGUGAUUAGAAGAAACAAAUGGAGGCUUGUUACUGUGUAAAUAGUGUAUUAGGAAUAUUGUGAGGAAGGGAACUAGUUCUCAAGAACAGUUUCAAAACACCAACUAUGAAAUGUUAGUAACUGAAGAAUGUCUGUUAAGAAAUCAUAGAUAUGUUAACUGAGAAUUGCUUGUUGGAAUGUAUUGGGUAUUAGUGCCAGAAGGAUUUAGGCUAACAUUCAGUGUAGCAGUGCGGUGAGCUGACUCUAGAUCUGCUGCUCAGGGCAUACAUGUUGCCUUCAAACAGCAGACUCACACUGGUCCAGUACCCUCCCUAUAUAUCUAUAUGUGAGUGUAUGUGUUUGCUUGUUGUGAGUGUGUGUGAAUGUGGAUGUUGAUCUGCCACAUAACAACAAAGAACCAGGCCAGUUUCUGUGACAACCCUUAAAACCCAGGAGGCUUUUUGUGUUAUAUUUACUGAGCAGGGCAGGCAACAAGUGUUGUUUCUGUCUUAUUAACCUUAUUAUUACCUGAUUAUUAACGUUAUUAAUACAACACAGCUGAGAGGGAAACAUUGACUUAGGAGUGAUGAUGGAUAUAGUGAGCCAGAAUGAAGUGGUAAAAACACAAGAAAACUCCAUGAUCUUAUUCAGAGUAUGUGCUGAGCCUCAUCCCAUUAGUCUUUAGAGUAAUGGUGAAGUUUGAUAGACAAUGUCAUAUUUACAAUUAUGGUAGCAGUUGUCCAUCAGAAUUUCCCACAAGCAGACACCAUCUUUGUGAAACGUCAGCAACUGGACAGACUGAGGCUGGUGGAAUGGAUGUGUGGAUUUGGCCCUAAAUCCAGAUAUUUCUGUUACUGUAGUGUUUUUAGAUGUUCUGCAGAGAUUAGCACCUACAUUUGAAAAGUCUGAAAAAGGCUGGGAAAAAGCUACCAUGAUGUCUUAUUAUAUACAAAAAUGUAAUGUAUGGAUUUUUUUUAUUUUUCUUUUUUGAUGUUUAGAAACAACACUGAUGUUUUUACAACAGAAGACGCCAGGGAAGUUGUCCUUUUUUUUUUCUUUUUUUUUUUUUUUUAGGAAGACAGAUGAAAGGAAUUCUCAAUGAAAGACUAUUGAACAGAGGUUAGACAGAAAAUUAUAUCAGCACUAGUUCUUCCUCUAUAACUAUUUUAAAGGGAAGUCCAGACCUAACCAAAAAGUGGAGCCUGUACGUUGCCAUACCUUUGUGUCCUCAGUUUUAUGUUGGUUGAGUGAUGGUGGCUAAUGCUAACAUGGUGAAAGUGUUAAUAUGGAGCAAAGGGACACUUAGUUUUGGUUUCAGUGUUGUUACAUGUUAAAGGAGAACGUUUAAUCUCAGUGUUUUUUUUAAUGUCAGUACAGCUGAGGGUGGAAGUUGGGCUUGAAGUGGGAGUCCCACCACCAUGUUUUUGUAGGUGUGGCCUGUUAAGCAGCCAGAGAACGCCUUUAACUAUCCGUUACCGUUGAAAUGUGAUGGCUUACAUAAAAAGUUGGACCGCCCAGUGACCUUUGUGAGAAUGCUGUGCACAGUUGUAGUAUCUGAAAUGCUGCAGUACAGUGUCGUACUGCUGUCAGUAUUCUGGUUCUCCUCCAGUGUGUUCAGUCAUGUAGCAUGUUUAUGUUUCUGUCAGUACUCACUCUGACCUCCAGGAGGUGCUGCAGCACUUUGCAUGCCGAGCAGAGGCUUCCAGGAGAUGGUCUGUUUGCAGCCAUGACCCAGCAUUUCCAAAAAAGAAAAGAAAGCCUGCAGGUGUUUUCAAAAAACCUAUUCUUUGAAAACACCUCCAAAACGUUACAAUGUAAAGUUGGGUGGAUGAGCUUAUUACUGCUCCCUUUGGAUGCAUGUUGAUGACAACCUAAGUUGUUCUUUGUGUGUUCUUCACAUCAAACAGGGGGGAGCAAAACCAGAAUAACAGACGCUGUGGUAGCAUUUGUCAUUUCAUGAAUUUUGUUGGUAUUAUAAUGUUUGACUGGGAUUAAAUAGAUAUGUCACAUUAAUGUGUCAGAGCUAAAGGUCUUAAUAUGUUUCAAAUGAAUAAGUUGUCAAACUACAAGAGCUUUUGAAUGAUCUCAUGUUGCACAUUUAUAAAGCAUAAUCACUGGGUAAAUGAGUGCAAUUGCUUUUCAAUUGAAGAAAUUGUUAAUUACGCCUGCAGAAAGGUGCUUUUUAACGCUGUUAUGCAAUCUAUUGUGAGCUCUGCAUUUGAAGCAUACUGAGGCCUUUAUCCCAAUGUAAACGUUGGUUAAAGGAUAUUUUGAUUCUCAAUUUUUCAAUUUUUCUGUCUGAGAACAAAAAUUCCAUAUGAAGAUUUAAACAGAUUUUCUGUAGUGUAAAAUCCCACUAUUUCAUAUAAGACAUCAACAAAUAUAUUGUCUAUAUAUGUGAUUGUUCCGAGCCAGAUAAUGAAAAAUUGUGUAUCCUUUAGGAUGGAUAUAUUUUUUUACUUUUGAUGCAGCAAGUCUAGCCAUGUCUCUCUGCUUCCAGUAUCUGUGUUUAGCUAAGCUGAACACAUGUUGGACCUAUUUCUGCACUGGACUUAGAGAUUAAACUGAUUAUAAUUUUCUUAUCUGAGGCAAACGAGUUGUGUAAAGUGGAACUGAAGUGAUGAGUGCAACCACAGCCACAUGCAAACUGGAAUGAUUCAUUCACAUUGAGAAGAAAUUAUUUUACAUUGCUGAAAUAAAUCUGCUUCUUUUUCUCUG